GCUCGAAUAGUAAGUGGAAGUUCCUUGGAUACUUCCAAGAUCUAUGCAAUCCAGGCAUUUAGUGGAUUCUCAAGUCUACAGGUUUUUUUAAAUGCUGGCCGUGGGCUGUAUGGAAUUGAUAGCAUGCCAGACCUGCGUAGAAAGAAAUCUUUUCCAAUUGUUCGAGAUGUGGCUAUGACACUUGCAGCUCGAAAAUCUGGUAUUUCCAUGGCCAUGCUCAUCCGGACCUCCAUAAACAACGAUGAAAUGAAAAUACAUGUUUUCAAGAAGACAUUGCAGGCUUUGAUCUAUCCAAUAUCAUCAACUACACCUCAUAACUUUGAAGUUUGGACAGCUACAACUCCCACGUACUGUUAUGAAUGUGAAGGUCUGCUUUGGGGCAUAGCCAGACAGGGCAUGAGAUGCACUGAAUGUGGUGUCAAAUGCCAUGAGAAGUGCCAAGACCUCCUAAAUGCUGACUGUUUGCAGAGAGCUGCUGAGAAAAGUUCCAAACAUGGUGCAGAAGAUAAAACACAGAAUAUUAUUAGUGCUAUGAAGGAAAGAAUGAAGAUUAGAGAGAAAAAUAGACCAGAGGUGUUUGAAGUGAUCCAGGAAAUGUUUAAUAUUUCUAAAGAAGAUUUUGUACAGUACACAAAAGCAGCAAAACAAAGUGUUUUGGAUGGAACAUCCAAAUGGUCAGCAAAAAUAACCAUCACGGUUCUUUGUGCUCAGGGCUUACAGGCUAAGGACAAAACCGGCUCAAGUGACCCAUAUGUUACUGUGCAAGUUGGCAAAACCAAGCGGAGAACAAAGACUAUUUUUGGAAACUUGAACCCAGUAUGGGAUGAAAAAUUCUAUUUUGAAUGCCAUAACUCUACAGAUAGAAUAAAAGUGAGAGUAUGGGAUGAAGAUGAUGACAUCAAAUCUAGAGUAAAACAACAUUUCAAAAAGGAAUCAGAUGACUUCCUCGGGCAAACGAUCAUCGAAGUAAGAACAUUGAGUGGAGAAAUGGAUGUAUGGUAUAAUUUAGAAAAGCGAACAGAUAAAUCAGCUGUCUCUGGUGCCAUUAGAUUGAAAAUCAAUGUUGAAAUAAAAGGAGAGGAGCAAGUUGCUCCCUACCAUGUGCAGUAUACAUGUCUACAUGAGAAUCUAUUCCAUUACUUGACGGAAGUUAAAUCUAAUGGUGUUGUAAAAAUCCCUGAAGUGAGAGGUGAUGAAGCCUGGAAGGUGUACUUUGAUGAUGCUGCACAAGAAAUUGUAGAUGAAUUUGCAGUGCGCUAUGGAAUCGAAUAUAUUUAUCAAGCUAUGACGCACUUUUCCUGUCUGUCUUCUAAAUAUAUGUGCCCUGGUGUUCCAGCAGUUAUGAGUACAUUGUUGGCCAAUAUAAAUGCUUUCUAUGCUCAUACUACAGCAGCAACUAAUGUGUCUGCCUCAGAUAGGUUCGCUGCUACUAACUUUGGGAGGGAAAAGUUCAUAAAACUGCUGGAUCAAUUGCACAACUCUCUGAGGAUUGAUUUAUCUAAAUACAGGGAUAAUUUUCCUGCCAGCAAUUCUGAAAGACUCCAAGAUCUGAAAUCAACUGUGGACCUGCUUACCAGCAUUACUUUUUUUCGAAUGAAGGUCCUUGAAUUGCAGAGUCCACCUCGCGCCAGUACUGUGGUGAAAGACUGCGUAACAGCCUGCUUGGACUCGACUUACAAAUACAUUUUUGACAACUGUUAUGAUCUCUACUCCCAGUUAGUGGAUCAGGGUAAGAAACAAGAAGUUCCUAAAGAAGAACAGGGGCCAACAACAAAGAAUUUGGAUUUCUGGGCACAGCUUAUUACUCUGAUGAUCACCAUCAUAGAUGAAGAUAAAACAGCAUAUACACCUGUCUUGAACCAGUUCCCUCAGGAGCUGAACAUGGGGAAAAUCAGUGCUGAAAUCAUGUGGACCCUGUUUGCCCAGGACAUGAAAUAUGCUCUGGAAGAACAUGAAAAGCAGCGACUAUGCAAAAGCACAGAUUAUAUGAAUUUGCACUUCAAAGUGAAAUGGUUUUAUAAUGAAUACCUGCGAGAGCUCUCUGCUUUCAAGGAUGCAGUGCCGGAAUACUCCCUGUGGUUUGAACCAUUUGUCAUUCAGUGGCUGGAUGAAAAUGAGGAUGUCUCAAUGGAAUUCCUUCAUGGAGCACUCGAAAGAGACAAAAAAGAUGGGUUUCAGCAAACAUCAGAUCAUGCCCUCUUCUCUUGUUCUGUCGUUGAUGUCUUCACACAGCUCAAUCAAAGCUUUGAGAUUAUUAGGAAACUGGAGUGUCCUAAUCCAGAAGCACUAUCUCAUUUAAUGAGAAGAUUUGCAAAGACUAUCAACAAAGUGCUUCUUCAGUAUGCUGUAAUUAUUUCAGAUUACUUCAGUUCAUAUUGUGACAAAGACAACGUGCCCUGUAUCCUGAUGAACAACAUUCAACAGUUGAGAGUCCAGCUUGAGAAGAUGUUUGAGUCCAUGGGAGGAAAGGAGUUGGAUCCCGAAGCCAGCAUUGUUCUAAAAGAACUUCAGGUGAAACUCAGCAAUGUAUUGGAUGAACUCAGCGUAACAUAUGCUACCAGUUUCCAAUUUAUUAUUGAAGACUGUGUAAGACAGAUGAGCAAUGAACUGAAUCAAAUGAGAGGAAAUGGGAACGCAGCAGCUAAUAAGAAUAGCGCGGCCAUUGAUGCCGAGAUUGUGCUUCGGCCUCUCAUGGAUUUCCUGGACAAAACUUUAAGUGUGUCUGCGAAAAUCUGUGAGAAGACAGUUCUGAAACGGCUUUUAAAAGAGUUAUGGAAGUUAGUCCUGAACAAAAUAGAAAAACAAAUUGUGCUUCCUCCACUGACGGACCAAACCGGGCCCCAGAUGAUAUUCAGUGCAGCCAAAGAUCUUGGACAACUGUCAAAACUCAAGGAUCAUGUGAUUCGAGAGGAAGCGCGAAGCCUGACCCUGAGGCAGUGUGCCAUCAUGGAGGUAGCACUGGCUACUAUAAAGCAAUACUUCCACGCUGGAGGAAGUGGGCUGAAAAAGAACUUCCUGGAAAAGAGCCCGGAUCUACGGUCCCUGAGAUACGCGCUCAGCCUUUACACGCAGACUACUGACGCCUUGAUAAAGAAGUUUAUAGACACGCAGACCUCUCAAAGUCAAACCACUAACAAUUCCGUGGGUGAGAUUUCUGUACAGGUGGAUGUCUCAACACAUUCCGGAACCGGUGAGCAUAAGGUCACUGUAAAAGUGGUAGCAAUUAACAAUCUAAACUGGCAAACCACAGCGAUGUUCCGGCCGUUUGUGGAAGUUUGCAUAUUAGGUCCUAACCUAAGCGACAGGAAAAGAAAACACGGAACCAAGACAAAAAGCAACACCUGGUCACCAAAAUACAAUGAAACUUUCCAAUUCAUUUUGAGUAAUGAAGAUAAGCCAAGAGCCUACGAACUCCAUCUCUCGGUGAAAGAUUACUGCUUUGCUCGGGAAGACCGCGUCAUAGGAAUGACAGUCAUUCAGCUGCAGAACAUAGCCGAGAAAGGCAGCUGUGCGUCUUGGUACCCCUUGUUGAGAAACAUCGCUGUCGAUGAAACCGGGUUAACAAUUCUUCGGAUACUUUCUCAGAGGACCAAUGAUGAAGUUGCUAAAGAAUUUGUAAGGCUUAAGUCCGAGACAAGAUCUACUGAAGAAACAGCCUAA